UCCAUCUCAUCAAAUGGAUUAACAACUCUGUUCUAUUCUCAAUCCCUCAACUGUGUGUGAAAUCCUUUUUGUCCUCCUCAAUGGAACCUGAGGAGGGAAAACAAUCUUCCCACAAGAACCCCUACGUUGAGCUAGAACAAGUUAACUUUGAUUACAUUCUAGCAAUUGGGCUUCAAGAACGAGAGAGAGAGUUCACAAUGCUAGCGACGAUUCAAAGUGAAAGUGAUGAAGAUGCAAGUGAGUCCUCUUUCGAUGAUGAUGCUGAUUUUUCUGAGAGACAAGAGUUCGAAACUGACCCGCAGUUUCUUGAAUGUGAAGGAAACAAUGAUGAUGAGGGAAUGGAAAUUGAAGAAGAUGAAAUUGAUCCAGAUGAAUUGUCUUAUGAGGAGUUAAUUGAAUUGGGAGAAAUUAUAGGAGAAGAGAAGAGAGGGUUAUCAGAAAAUGAAAUCUCUUCCUGCUUACACCCUUACACUUUCCAAUCUGCUGAAAGCAAAAGUGGAAUUGAAAGGUGUGUGAUUUGUCAGGUUGAAUACGAAGAAGGUGAAGAAGCUCUUGUGGCACUUGAUCAAUGUGAGCACCCUUAUCAUGGGGAUUGCAUAAGCAAGUGGCUUCAAAUUAAGAAGGUUUGUCCAAUCUGUAGCAAUGAAGUCUCAACUUCCAAUAUGCCUAGCAAUCCUUGAUGAUAUAGUUUGGAUUGUAAAUUGAUGUGUAUAUACAAAUUACUGUAAUCUGUAUGCAUUUGAGUGGUAACUAUAGUUGAGAAAAUAAAUAAAGCAUAGAUAAGCUUUGGAUUCUUACAAACAAUAUCA